AUGGAGGAUCGACUCGCUGCUCGAAGACAGGCGGAACAGGACAGGCUUCGCGAAAAGCGGAAUUUCCGCCACUGGGAAAGCCAGGCUACGGAUGAAGUAGUUCUGAAGCCCAUCAAGCCGAAAACCGAGAACGGUUAUAACAGGAUGCUCGACGCAUGGGAUAAGUUUAGCGCUCGGCGCCGUGGCGCCUCCCCCUUCCACUUAAAGACGCUCAAACAGUUCUUGAAAUGGUACUGCGACGGACGGAAGGGUCGUAUCCCCGCGGCGGACGACGACGACGAAGACGACGGCGUAGACGACGGCGAAGGGGAGGAAGACGCCGACAGAGAGCUUCGAAUGACGCAGGACUCCGUCUACACAUGUUGGAAGAGCUUCCUAUCAGGGUGGCAACGCCGAGAGACAACGUCCUUUCCGAAGCAUAUUCAGACCACGAUCAAGACUACCACAAAGUUUGCGUUGGUCAACUUUGGGGAAACGACUGGCACGACUUCUACUGUGAAUCAUACCGCGUCCGUCUUCACCUGA